AUGCUCUCCACGACGCCCAUCAUCACCCCUACUGAAGACGACAGUACGGAGCAAGAUUUAAUCUCCAAUAUACCAGGUGCAUACACUGAAUUCACCCAGCAGCACAAACCAAAAUCUCUUGCUACCGCCGCCAACUUUCAAACUCUUCCUAAACUUCACCAUGAAACUCCUUUUCAGUCUCAUACUGCUUUGCCCCCUCCCGGCAAUGACUAUGAUUAUGACUAUGAUAUUGACGACGACGAUUUCGACCGCUCCUCCUCGUACAGUCACUUGACCGACGAGUACCACGGUGAUCGCGAUCCCAGAGACUAUUACGGCGAUCUCGCCAUGUACGCUUCUCUCCACCACCAUGGUGACAUGCAGGACAUCCCACGGUUUCACGACAAACCAUCUGCUUCCCGAAAAGGAAAUCAGGCGAAAAGCCCUAUUACUGCUUAUCCCCAUGCAGAUCCCCACGACAGUAAUCUCAAUUACGAAAUGGGCGACUCUCAAACUCUCCCAAUGACCGAAAGCUUUGCUGAUUUACUGGACCCUCACGCCCAUUCUUCUGAUCACAGCCAUGAAGACGCUUUUGGCAACUCACACACAGACCGCGGCUUUACUUAUCCCCCCAAUAUGCCCGCUUUUAAUUUCUCCACCAUCAACCAUUCCUCCUCUGGCUUCAAUUCUUCUUCCUCUAAUGUCCAGAUGAAUUUCGUCAAUGGUGAACCGGUGUUUCCUCGCGCCACCUCCAGUACGUACAAUCCCGAAGCGGACGCUGUCUCUAACCUCUCCUCAAAGUCCUUUGUAAAUCAAGAGUAUGUCAUGGGUGGAAACCAACACAAGGGCAAUCAAGCGCAACCUCAGUAUGAUGCCGUUUACGGCCCCCAAGUGAAUCCAAAGUCGAUUUCUGACCAACUCCUCGAUGUUUUUCCUAAACCUUUCCGUCAAACCGAGGCAUCCUCUUCAUCGCCAUCAACUUCAGAUACCAUGGAAGGCCAGCACGAGCAGGCCGAGGAUCCAACUCAACCCGCGUCUCGUAACACUCAAUCCAACUCUUACCCUCAAAGGAGGGGAUUCCGACUUUCUCACGAAACCGAUAUCCUCUACAAUGACGCUUCAGUUCGGCCUGUCCACACGUCUGUUGAUAGCGGACCCAGGCGCUUUUCAAGCACAAAACGCACGCAGCAAUCUGAGCCCAAGCGUUCCUCCGAUGCAGCGCCCAUUGAGGCCGCCCACCGAUCGUUCAUCCUGAACAAUGACGAUGUCGAUCCUACGCCUAGCAUAGAUUCUACCAGUCAGGAAUCGCAAGAUCCCACCGUCAAUACACAAUCCUCUAGCCCUUCCUACUGUCAUAAUGGAAGGCGCGUUCACAAUAACACUUUGACACCUUAUCCCUCUGUUUCCGACACUACUUCGAUGGAUGUGUCCUCGAUAACGAGUUAUGAUCUUCGAUAA